UUCGUCCACCGCUCUCGUGUCUCCCGCCUGCACGCCACUUCCACCUCCUAUAAAACCUGGCCGACCCCGUCGACCAGCCCCACAUUCUCCACCGAAUCAGUACUUCCUUCCAUUGCCCUUGUCUCUCUUCUCUCGAUUUGUCAGAGCCAUGGCCGGCGUCGCGCUCGAGACCACGGCUCUGUCCCUCGUCCUCCUUGCCGUAGCGACGGUGAUGCCAGCCCUCCUCCCUUGCUCCGCGGAGCUGCCGCGGUUUGAGCGCCCGGCCAAGGCCGACGGGUCCCUCAGCCUCUUGGUUGUCGGAGACUGGGGAAGGAAAGGGCAAUUCAAUCAAUCGCAAGUCGCGGCUCAGAUGGGAAAGAUCGGAGAGGAGAUGGAUAUAGAUUUGGUCAUAUCCACCGGAGAUAAUUUCUAUGAUAAUGGCCUCAAAGAUGUCCGAGAUAAGGCAUUUGAGGAGUCAUUCACCAACGUAUACACUGCAAAGAGCCUGCAAAAGCAAUGGUACAGCGUUUUGGGCAAUCAUGACUACAGUGGUGAUGUGUUAGCAGAGUUGAGCCCUCUUCUCCAAAAGAUCGAUAGCCGAUGGCUUUGCUUGAGAUCCUUCAUCCUUAAUGCAGAAAUUGUGGACUUCUUCUUUGUGGACACCACUCCCUUUGUGGAAUCUUAUUGGACCAACCCAGAGAAUGAUCACUAUGACUGGAGAGAUGUGGCACCUCGUGAAACAUACAUCUCAGAUCUCUUAAAGGAUUUGGAUGCUGCACUGGAAGCAUCUACGGCACCAUGGAAGAUUGUUGUUGGACACCAUACGAUGAGAAGUGCCAGUCAUCAUGGAGACACAGCUGAGCUUCUCAGUUUGCUUCUGCCGAUUCUUAAGGCAAAUGGUGUUGAUCUAUACAUCAAUGGACAUGAUCAUUGCCUGCAGCACAUCAGCAGCAAUGACAGUAAAAUCCAGUAUCUGACAAGCGGCGGCGGUUCGAUGGCAUGGAGAGGAGUCUUCACUCCAACCUCCGACAAGCUUCGAUUCUUCUACGAUGGUCAAGGUUUCAUGUCGCUGCAGCUAACAAGGACAGCUGCUGACAUUGUGUUCUACGAUGUGUUUGGCCAUGUUCUUCAUGAAUGGAGUGCGAGCAAACACCUCCACCCUGCAGUGUAGGACAUGACAAGAUUUGCGUGGGUCACUCGUGGAUAUGUUGCCAUUGAAGAAGUUAGGAUUGGGAUGCCUCUGCCCUUGGAAUUGGGUACCUUAAGCGUCUGCUAGUUAAGAUGAUACUGUGGCACUGUACAAGAGAGAAUUCAAGGAUCAUUCAUACAGUUAUACUGAAAGUUACAUGAUAAUGAAAA